GCACCCGACCACGCACCGACGCAGGCACUGCACCGCAAACGGCUUUCAAUCACCAUUUGCAUCUGGGCCAAAAACAUCCACCACAACUAUACAUCCAACUAACUCCACCACCGCGACAGGGACAUUCAACGAGUUGCUGCACUGUCCACAUCCCACUGUCACCACCGACCGGUCCCUAGCCCAUUCAUUGUCUAGCGGGAGGUGUCUGUCAUCCAUUUACCUCUCGUCUACCUCUACCUCUACCUCUACCUCUACCUCUAGCCGAACUCCAUCCGGCCGAUUUCCAUCACUUCACGACACGGGAACCUGACCGACCGACGAGACGACAAGUUGUUGCUUGUCAGUCAGACCCGAUCCAAACCCGCCUCCGCUUCUCCUACCCGACGCUUGCUGUUGCUCCCACCGCCGUAAUUCUCGUCAAAUAUUGCCCGCUGCUUCCUGUUGCACGAUCCGGCCAACGUCUGUUACUGCAACCAGCCAAGCUUGGAAAGCCCACCGCUGUUGGCCUAGUGGCAGCUCUACCCGCCCACUCGCGCCUCCUCCUCCUCCUCCUCCUCCUCCUCCUCCUCCUCCAUCCUACUCGUCGCGGAACGGCUCUUGCGCUUCCCGUCACUGGGAAACUGAGGCGCUCCUCUUCGUUUGUCGACAUCAGCAGGACCCUUCGCUCUUCUUUCCCCCGCAUGUCGAUCCGGACGACGCAGCGCCCAUCGCUGAUACCCGCUUCUCCGUCUUCGAGCCUCCCAUAAAGAACGACUUCGGGUUUUCUUGACUCCUGCCGCCGCAGCCCCGGCUGUGGAGGCCCGGCAAUUCGCAAACAUGAACUUUGACUCGGGCACCGCGUACGCUGAGUCGGACGCCGACGACGAGUAUGAGCGCGAUAUUCACGGAAGCUCCCCUAUCGAUCACACCGAUGUCGAGCACUCGCCCAUCGAUUCUGGCCCCCCCUCGGCCGAACACACCCCUACAACAUAUGGCUACCGGAAUAGUGCAGACAGACACAUAGAAACUUUGAUAUCCGACUGGUCUGCCGACGACUGCGCCGACUUCAUUGCUUCGAUUGGGCUACAGCAAUAUGCAGAUAGAUUUAUAGAAAACGAGAUUGUGGGAGAGGCCCUGGUCGCGUUGCAACAUGAUGAUCUCAAGUCGAUGGGCAUUAACAGUGUUGGCCACCGCUUGAUGAUUCUGAAAUCAGUCUACGAUGUAAAGAAGGCUCAAGAUGUUCCUAUCGAGGACGACCAUUACAUGCCUCUCACCGCCGCGACCGAAGCGCUAUCGGCGAACGCCACCCUCAACGACAUUAAACAUCUCGCUGAGCAGUUGCGUUUGAGAGACGAGCGCAUGAGCCUCUUCGAGCAAGACCUGCGCCGGUUAACCGAAGACUUUAGGAGGUUACGGGAAGAUAUGCUACCGGCAUUGCGACUCGCCAAGGAUGCUCAGCAACCGUUACCAAGUGGACCGUCUUACGAAUCUACUUUGUCACCGCCAGCUCCAGCCUCGUCGGCGGGUAGCCAGCCAAGUGCCGGCCUAAGUCGGCAAUAUUCUACCAAGAGGAUCAUGCUUGGGACAACGCCGAAAGCAGUCUCCCCUUCUCAUCUUCAGACUUCCCACGGCCCGCCAUACGACUCUUCUGCAUCUAGUAGAGGUAUGCUGUCGUCGUCUCAUCUUGGCGCCCUGAACGGGUCUAGUGCCAACACAACCUCCGGUGGUUAUCCAUCACCGAACAUGCCAUCGCCUACCUCUCCGCCCACCACCAACAUGUCAGGCACUACCCUCGAUCCGAGGUCUUAUCGCGGUGAUAACCAACCCCCAUCAUCGAGCCGGUCCACCUUUGGCGAUAACGAUCACUACGGUUCUCAAGACAAACAGCCUGUGUCCGCUCCCCGCAGAGGACAGACGCCAGCACCUGAUACCCCUGGUUCCGCGAGCAACGCGUCCGUCGAGAUCUUCAAGUCAUUCAGGGUCAGUAUGGAUGACCCAUGCUAUAAGGUUCUUCCGGCAGCGCUCAAAAAGUACCAAAUCAACGCUCCGUGGGAUCAAUACGCCCUGUAUAUCGUAUAUGGCGAUCAAGAACGGUGUCUAGGACUGGACGAGAAGCCUCUCAUAUUGUUCAAGCAGCUGGACAAGGAAGGAAAGAAGCCCAUGUUUAUGCUAAGGAAGACGAACAACGCUCCAGCUGAGGAACAACCCGGGAGCGCAGGACUAUCGGCUGCGGCUCGCGGGGCGACGACCGUUUACGAUCCACCGGGAGGUAUCAUAUAGGCGAAUACUGGGGCGGGAGCAAGACUGUGGUGAUGCUGGGUACUGCCCGUCCACUAUCCGAGCCGAACCGCUGGGGUGCCUUUCCGGGCUGCACAGCUUUUGCAUAGCGUGACGGAGGAUUACGCUGUGAAGGAAGGCUUGGCAUAACUGGAGGUCCGUCGCUCGAGUGGAAAUGUCUAUGAGAAGAAGAGAAGGCUGAGUCGAUGUUCAACGGUUCAGUGUCGUAUGACCGGCGGUCAGUUUCGUCAGGUUAGCUCUUAUCUGGCCUGGAAUGGGCGGCUUGAUAGCUGAGUUGGUGGAAAGGCAACCGCUGACAUGGACUCAAAUCUCCACAUACACAAUUCCAAGAAUAUUUUGUGUAUGAGAACGGUAUACCAGUUAGCAUUGCCUCUUUUGUUAUCUUUCCUAUUUAAUUCAUUGGUGAGCGGCAUGGCAACGGGUUGGAGAAAAUAGCUUACUGCGCAACGGGGGGAAUUAGGAGAAGGAGGCGUAUUUGGUGAACUCAAUCCCAUCCGAAAGCGUCGUCCACAAUUUUCAAGAACAAUAUGUUUCGGUAUCAACGUGCUUGGAACUCAUCUGGUCUGAUUGAUUGAAGCAACGCCGAGGAAGAGGAGGAGGACGUCAAAGAGGAGAGGAGCCGGGAAAGGGAUGGGGGUCAAGUGGUGGGUUAAGAAAACUUUCGAACUUCUUGUGUUAUUUAUUUAUCAUUUAGAGUGAAGAGAUUACAAACUCUGGUGCUUGAACAAUUUGCACAACUGUGGGAUUUAUAUCCCGGUGAUUGCCG